UGAUUUUAUUAAACCACAGGAGCAACUGAGGAGGAAGUGACUCUUUCAGUGUAUGAGGCUUUCACUCCUGAACAAGCUGCUGCUUCACACACACAGACUAAGAUAUAUUUGUUAAGUGUUUUUAUUGUCGUAAAAGCGUUAGAAAUCAAAAGCUGAGUUCUCUCUAGAGCUCCAGCAGCAAAUAUGUUUGCUUAAGUCAUCUGGCUUCCAGUUUGUCUUGUUAGUUUUAUGUUCUUCUUUGCUUUUCUAUAACAGUAGGACCAUCCUACGCAUGUUUUACGCUCUGUAGAGAUUUUAACAGGUCAGGUUUGUUGAGCUCGAGGUUAGAGAGUGCAGUCAUGAAGGAGGAGAUCGCUGCUGCUGUGUUCUUCGUGGCUCGCCUGGUGAAGAGAUAUGGUUGUCUGGAUAAUGACAGCAGGGAGCGCUUCGCCGCUGCCCUCACCUCUGUUCUGUUUGAGAGCUACAAGAACCACUGGCACCUGAAUGCACCCACCAAGGGGCAGGCCUACAGGUGUCUCCGUAUGAACCGUGUGCAGCUGCAGGAUCCCGUGCUGCAGCAGGCCUGCGAGCGGAGUGCGGUGCGGUACGAGGAUCUCGGCCUUCCACACGAGCUGACGGUGUGGGUCGACCCUGGAGAGGUGUCCUGCAGGUACGGCGAACACAGCACUCCAUUCUGUGUCUCAGUGGUGGACAGCUGUCGUCGUGGCGAUGGGGAAUUUUCCCGCCGCAUCCACGAUGCUGUGGAACGGGCGAGCCACGACAUUCGAUCAGGAAGCUUCUCAGACGACGACACCGAGGAGGAGGGGUGCGGAGACAGCAGCAUGAGCAACAACAGCAUGAGUAGCAGCAACCUAUCAACUCUCUGCCCGGCUCCGAUUCCGCCCGCCAACCCUGAGCCCAAGACCAUCCCAACUGUCAGCAACCCCAACAGUGUCUACAGGUUCAGUGAGUUUUCUCCAGGCGCCCCUCAGACCUGGCUAAGGGAGAAGCGGAAGGCCUUUGCUGCGGAUCCAUUCCCACCUCAUCCUCCCCCAGUUGGAGGUCCGACCUCCCAGUUCUCCAGCCAGAAAGGCUUCAAGUCCUAUCGAGCCACAUUCACCUUCACCGGGCCUCGUGUUGACAAGUACCACUGGGUCAGCAAAUCCAGAUCCUAGAUCAACCGAGCCUUCAGCCUAGAAGCAGAAUCGGGUUACUGCUUGGGACAGCAGCCAUAGACACUGUGGUUGGGGGAGAAAAAAGUUUCAACGCAGUUUACGUAUCUUUAAGGGAUAAUUAUUAUUAAUUGCAUAUGGUUUAAAGUGUUCACGAUUUAAAGUAAUGCUGUUUAAGCAUGUUUUUAAACUUAUAAUAUCAAGUAUUUUAAGCAGUUCUCCUUCUAAAUGUGUUUUUAAACUAAAAGUAAGUGUGAAUAAACAUUGAACUGUCAUUGAAAAGAAAUAAAAGCGUCUGUGUCAGCUCUGCUGGUUGUCCGAA